UAGCUUUGUAUCGCAAAUGUCAAACAAUGUUUUGUGAAUCUUGACGUAAAUUAAUCGAAAUAAACGAGGAUACAGCCUAAAUAAAGGUAAAAAUUAAUAAAAUACGUUCUAAACUAACACAAAAAUGAGUGACGAAUUGCAAAAUUACCAGCUACAGCUGCAACAAGUCGAAGCUGCCCUUCUGACGGAUCCUGACAAUAAAGAGCUGCAAAAAUUAAAAAUAGAUUUGGAGGAAGUUAUCGAUUUGAGUUUGGAUUUGAAGAAUAAGGCUGAAGAAGCGGCAAACCAGCCUGAGUACACAGAACCUGUAGGUGUGCAAGACGAUGAUGAGAUUACAAAGUCUUUAUUGGCCGUAGAGGAGUUUGUGGCCAAAAACAAGGCCCAAAAGAAGUGGCGCGUGGGGGAUACUUGCAGCGCCAAAUGGAACGACAACGGGCAAUACUACGAAGCCACGAUCGACGUCAUAAACCCCGACGGUCAGGUUAAUGUAACCUUCGAAGCUUACAAAAACAGGGGCGUAACGACAUUGGCGGAGUUGAGGGAGUUUACGGGGCAGAAACGCGUGCUCUCCGAAGCCGAGAAGCUGCGCAAAGCGAAGCUCAACAACAAAGAAUACCUGAAGAAGAAGAAACAAAAGAAGCAGCAGCGUUUUAAGGAGUUGGAGGAGGAGCGAGAAGGGGAGAAGAAAAAGUGGUUAGCGUUCUCCAAUAAGGCGGUCAAAAGCAAAAAAGGCGGCCUGAAAACCAAAAGCAUCUUCGCCUCGCCUGAUUCAGUGAACGGGAGGGUUGGCAUCGGUACUUGUGGAAUUUCCGGGAAACCCAUGACAGAUUUUGCGACUGCGGAGAAGUGGAGGAAGGAGAAGUGAGUUAGUUAUUAUAAGUACAGAAUAAUCCUCCAAAUAAGGUUAAAAUAGCUAAAUCUUUAUUAUCUUGUAAAUUUUUUGAAAAUAAAUUUUUUGUAGGA